AUGGGCAAGGCGCUUUCCAAGUUAUUUGGAAAUAAGGAAAUGCGGAUAUUAAUGUUGGGUUUAGACGCUGCGGGAAAGACUAGUAGGACGACGUUUUUAUUGAUUUACCUUCCAGCUAUUCUUUAUCGACUAAAAUUGAAUAACGCCGUCACGACUAUUCCAACUGUGGGAUUUAAUGUUGAAACCGUUUCUUAUGAUAACAUAAGGUUUAAUGUUUGGGAUGUGGGCGGUCAAGAGAAAAUACGUCCUCUGUGGAGACAUUAUUUUACGGGAACACAGGGUUUGAUUUUUGUGGUAGACAGUGCUGAUAGGGAGCGUAUUCGCGAGGCUCAAAUUGAACUUCAUAGAAUAGCGAACGAUCGUGAGAUGCAAGAUGCUAUCAUCUUGGUAUUUGCUAACAAACAGGAUCUUCCUAACGGCGCACGCGUAGGCGUUCCCGGUGCGCUGAGUCACAUCAACGUGCGCAUGUGCGUGUCGGGUAUUUGGCCCCGCCACUACUACGACUGUCGUCCCCUUUCUUCUGCGGGCGUCUUGUGGGCGAAUGAGCCGUUUGUGGGCAAGCUCCGUUUUGUGUACACGCACGUAGCGAUGAAACCGCAUGAGAUCCAGGAGAAGCUGCGACUUACCCAAUUCCAAGCGGGUCGCGUGUGGUACGUACAGCCCUCCAAUGCAACAACAGGUGAGGGUCUGAAGGAGGGCCUGACCUGGCUCAAUUGUGAGGCUGGGCAUUACAACUCUUUUGUCAAGUGCAGGAUUGAGAUGAAUUCCCCCCUGUGGUGUGAUUCAAGCAGAUCUGAGUUACGUUAUGGUUUGAGUUGUCUAGAGGCUCGCUAUUUCAACACUGCAAACGGUACAUCUGGGUAG